AUGAAAGAAUGUAACAAAAGAAAAAACUUGAAAACAUAUGAAUAUAAUAAUUAUAAAAAUAUAGAUGAAACAUAUAAAAAAAAUGAUCAUAUUUAUAAAAUAUUAUUAAAGGAAGGAAUAAAUUAUAUUGAAAAUGAAAAUAAUGAAAUAAUUAAAAACGAUAUGUAUAUAUAUACUUUAUUUUUUAAUCCUAUAAAGGAGGAUAAGAACAAAUCUAUAGUCUAUAAUGAAGAGAAAUGUGUAAAGGAAAAAGAAAAAAGGAAAGAAAAAAAAUUAUACAAUACACUAUUAUAUUUAUCAAAUAUAAAACAUAAAAGAAAUUCUUUUAAUUUCCCUAUAUAUACAUCGUACAAGUAUAAUUAUAAGAAAACCAAAUAUCUAUUUUUAAAACAUAAAAUUUUUAAGAAAAGAAAAAAUAAAAAUAAUAAAAUAAAACCAGAAAAAAGACAAAUAAAUAAUAUCUUAUACCAUAUACAUCCUCUUAACCAAAUGAACAAAACAAAUGUCGACUUAAAUCGUUUUACAAAUAAAUCUGUAGAAGAUAAUUAUUGCACAAAGUUGUUUUUUAAUAAUUAUGAUAAGGAUAAUUAUAUAAUUUAUAAUAAAAAUGUUUGUAAAAAAUUUAUUCACUUGCAAAGUGUAUCAGCGGCAUUGUAUAGUUCGGCAUGUACAGCAUCUGUUGAUCAUAUAAAUGGUAAUAUAAAUGAUCACCCAAAAGAACUUAUAAAAGAUAAUAUAUGUAAUCACUCCUCUGAAGAUGAUAUAUCUACAUAUAAUAAAGUACUCCUUUAUAAAAGAGUAAAUAUAAAAAAUGAUAAAAAAAAAAGUAGUCAAACAACUAAUACAGAAGGAAGAAAAAUAUCACCUUUGGAGAUCAAUAAAAACGAUACCCUUAGUAAUUCAAGAGAUAAUAAAAAAGUGUGUCAUUUAAAAAAUAAUAUUUUUUGUGAGAAUGAAGACAACAUUUUUCAUGAAGCAAAAAGUAAGGAAUGUUCUAUACUUAGCUCCAGUCAUCAAAAUGGAAAAGAUAAAAAAAAAAAAAUAAAAAAUAAUAAUAAAAUAAUAAUAAUUAAUAAAAAUGGUACAUGUGAUAUGAAUAUAACUAGUAGUAAGGAUAAUAGACCACCUAGUGAGGGAAUAAAAAAUUAUGAUAAAUAUUAUACGUCAAAUGAUAUGUUAUCUUAUCAUAAUAACAAUGUGCCUAUUAGUAGUUAUAUAUAUCACGAUAAACCUAAGCAAAAUGAAAAAAUAAAUGUGGAUCAUAGUAUUACAAAGGUUGUAAAAGAAGAAAAAAUAAAUCUUCAGAAUGAUAUAAAUAGAAAUAAUUAUCAUUAUAAUGAUAAUUAUUAUAAUGUAUUAAAGUAUGAAAAAAGAAACCGAAAAAAUCAAAGACAUCGAAAGAAUGAUAUAAUACGAAAUUAUAAAAAUGCUUAUACCCAAACUGAUUUUAUAGAUAAAGACAAAAGUGGAAAUAUAUCAAAUGAAAAAAAUAUAAUGAUAAAGAAUAAAAUUAACAUAAAUAACAAUGGAGAAUUAAAAAAUAUUCAAAAUAAUCCAUAUAUGAAAUAUAUCUACAAUAAUAAUCAUGUAUUCCAGAAAAAAACAGAAAAAUGUAUCUCUUCAAAUGAUGAUAAACAUUCAUUUAGUAAACAAAAUGAAUCAAAUGUUUCUAAGGAGGAAUAUGAUUUUAUAAAUACUACAUCUAUGUAUGAUAAAUAUCAAGAGCAAUUUAGUAAACUCGUUAAGACACCUCACAACAAAAAGAAGCAUACAAAGGUUGGUAUGAAAAAUAAAAAUAAUAUCUAUAAUAAUAACAAUAAAAUGUAUAAUCAUAAAAAUAAUAUCUACAAUAAUAACAAUAAAAUGUAUAAUAAUAACAAUAAAAUGUAUAACCAUAACAAUAAUGUGAAUAAUCAUAACAAUAAUGUGAAUAAUCAUAAUAGUUAUUAUUAUAAUUAUUAUAACAAUGUUUAUGGAUUUGGUGAGACACUAAAAUUUAUGAAGUAUAGAGAACUACUAAGGAAAUAUAUGGGUACAUUUUAUAAUUAUAGUUCCUUAAAAUGUGCUAGCUAUAUUAUUAUUUACUCAUUAAUAGUAAAGAUUAUUACACAGAUAUCGAAAAAUAUAACAACUUCUAAUUUAGCUAAUGACACAAAUGAUAUGAACGGUAUUAAUGGAAAUAAAUUAAAUACAAAUUUGUUUUUAAAUAUAUAUGAUGCUGAUGGUAUUAUUCAAAGUAUAUGUUAUAUUGUUUUAUUAAUAUGUAUUAUAUUAUUAAUAAAAUUAGGGAUACCAUCAACAUAUUUAUUUGCUGGUAGGUUAACUAUAUUAUUUAUGCUUUUAUUUGUUAUACAAAUACCUAUAAUGAUAUAUGCAAAUUUUCUUUUUUCAAAACAGGAAUCAACACAUAUUAAUAAUAAUAAUGAUAAUAAUAAUGAUAACAAUAAUGAUAAUAAUAAUGAUAAUAAUAAUAACAAUAAUGAUAAUUAUUAUAAUUAUUAUAAUUAUUAUAAAAUGGGUGUGAAAUAUAUUUAUGAUAGAAAAAAAGAUUAUUUUAAUUUACAAUUACAAAAAUUAUGGUCCCUAUUUUAUAUAGAUACUAUGAAUUUAUUAAUAUAUACAAUACUUAUAACAAUAGUGUCCUUAUAUGCUACUUAUCAUAAAUUAAUAUAUCCACAUUUAUUAAAAUUUUAUCUAGACCAUUUUUUUUUAAGUUCAUAUUCAAUUGUAAAAAAAGAAAUAAUUCAUUUUAGAGUACCUAAUAAUAUUGAUGCAUAUUACCUGAACAAAAUGAAUAGCUACUUAUUUAAUACCUUGUAUAAAAAACAACAACAUGGUUAUAAAGAAAAUGUAGAAAGUACAACUAGAAGAGCAAUAGGUUAUAAUAUAGUUAUUAAAAAGGAGAAAUGUUCUUUUUUUCUUAACCUCUUUACAAAACAUGUAUCAAAUAAAAUUUUCCCAAUGAGGAAUGAUAAACAUUUGAAUUUCUAUAUUAUCUUCUACAUAGGUGAAUUAGAUAAAAAAGGAAGACCACAUGGUUUUGGUUAUUGGAGAGGUAUAAAUUUGGAGGGAGAAGUUUUAAUUGGAUACUGGUAUCAUGGAAUACCUGUUGGUCCAUUCAAAUGUAGAGAUUUUAAAACGGGUUCUGGAUUUAUGUGUAUAAAAAUUGGAUAUGGAAAAACGAACUGUGAGCUCAACGACUUGGAGAUAGGUCUGGCAGACACCGAAUGCUGUGUUAGCGGGGCCUUUUACAGAACCUUCCCAAGGGUAAUCUUUUACAACUUAAAUCUUACGAAUAAUACCUCUAAAAAUAGGAAAAACGAAAGUAACCAUGGUAUUUUUGAAAAACGAGAAUGUUGCGAAUAUUUAAUCAUCAACAAAGCGAGCAAUGAUAUACUUCGUAUUGAUUAUAACAAACUUUUAAGUGACGAAGAGGAAGAGAAACAAGAAGAAAAGGAGAAUUCACAGAAUGACACUAUUAUACAUAAUGAUAAAUAUGAUAGUAAUAAUAAUAAAAAUAAUGAUAAAUAUGAUAAUAAUCAUAAUAUACAUAAUAUACAUAAUAAUAAUAAUAAUAAUAAUAAUCUUUAUGAACACCUUGCGGUUAAUCAUAUUAAGGUUACACAAAAUGAAGAUAAAAACCAUGAUAACAAGGAAAUCAUUUUAAACAUCCCUUGUAAUUAUAAAGGAGAUGAAAUACCCCCCUCGUCAUUUUUAAAUGAUGAUAUAUUAUUAGAAAAAGACAUUCUUAAUUACGACGAUAUCUGUGAUUUAGGUUAUAGCAUACAAAAUGAAAUACAUUCAACAUUUAAUAAGAAUAUAGAAACAAACAAUUCAAAUAUAAAUAUUCAUGACAACAAAAGUUGGUUUAGAGAUGAUAUUUCAUAUAAUAAUUCCUUUGAUAAAGAUAAUAGUAAUUUCUUAUGUGAUAUGAAUAUUCCUAUAAAGGAAGACAAGGAAAAUAUAUCUAUUUGUUUGAAUCAUGACACAAAUAAUUAUAAUAAAAAGGAGGACAUCGGUGAAAUCAAUUUAACAAAAAUAACUACAAAUAAAAUGUUCAGUGAUCAAAACAAAAUUUGCGUUCUGAAAAAUGAUUCUUUACCAUCUCUAUCUAAUAUUAAAAAAAAAAAAAUUGAAAAAAAAAAAAAUAUUCUUAAUGUAUCAAAAAAUGGAAGUUUUAAGAACACGAACAAAUUAAAUGAUAAUAAAAAAGAUAUUUGCUUCAACCCAAUAUUGAAAAAUAAAAAGGAAUUAAUAAAAAUAGAACAAGUAAAAGAACACGGAUUAUUAUAUAAACAAAGCAGUUUUAAUCCGCAGCAAAGUGAAACAUGUCAUAAAAAUAUUAAAGGAAAAAAUCCAAAAAAAAAAAAAGCAAAAAUGUAUGUUCAUAAAGAAGGAUUAUUUUCAAAACCUAAGGUGAUAAAGUAUUCAAAAGAAAAAACUACAGGACAGAUGAAUGUAGAUGAUGACGAGGAGGACCGUAAGGAUAAACAUGGGAAUUCGUCCAAAAAAAAGUUAUACAAUAUUAUUAAGAGUAAAAUAUCUAGUAAGAAUAAAAAGAAGGAAAUAUUAAACACUGGGAAGAAAAAGGAAAAUGCACAUUUAAAUGAAUCUGAUGUAUCAAAAAAAAAGGAUGUUGAUAAUAAUAUGAAUUUAUUGAGGAGUUCUUAUGAGGAAGAUCAGUAUAGAAGAAGAAGAAUAAAAAAAAAAAAGAAAAAAAAAAAAAAAAAAGGUAUAAACAAUAAAAGGAAUGAAAUGGAACAAAACAAAGAUGACAAUAAUUAUGAAAAAGAAGAGGAUGAAGGAUCUUUUCGUAUAUAUAACAAGUUGGGAAAUGAAUAUAUACAUGAUAACAAUAAUGAUAAUCAUCAAUUAACGGAUGAUAAACGGAAAAUAAAGAAACAUAUAGGAUAUAGUAUGACGAACAAUAUUUUAGAUUUUAAAAGAUUUAGAGGUUUUAAAAGAAGAAAGAAAAAAACGAAAAAGAAAAAAAAAAGCCAUGAUAAUAUAAACAUGAAAAGUUAUCAUAAUAGCGAUGAUAAUAAUAAUGACAAUAGUGAUGAUAAUAAUAAUGACAAUAGUGAUGACAAUAAUGAUGGUAGUAAUCAUAAUAAGAAUAAGAUUAAGAAUAAGUAUAAUAAAUAUUUUCAUUUUAAUAAAAUAUACAAAAUAAGAAAUAAUAGACGAAGGAGGGCAUUUUUACCAAAAGCUUUAUCAGGAACAUUACCAAAAUUAAAAAGGAAAAAAAAAGGUAGAAGAUUAUUGUUUUCUGAUACGAUAACAAAUGUAUAUCAAACUAAGUGUAUGAAUGUAAUAUUACAAAAUUUAUGUCCUCACAUGCCAAACUUUGGUAUAAUAUAUAACACAGAUUUACAUAUAUCAAUAGAUGCUGAAAGAGGAUUAUAUAUCACUGGUUAUAUUAAUAAAAAAAAUUAUAACUUUUUAGCAAGUAGAAAUACAAAAGACAAUUUUGAAGAUAAUGAAGUAAAAAUUAAAAUUAUAAAAAAACGAAAAAAUACAUACAAUACAUUUAAUCAUAAUAAAUAUAAUGAUAAACAUAUAUACUCAUGGAUAGAUGAUAUUAAAGAAUUAAGUUUAGAUGGGUGGGUAAAAUGUGAAUUAGCUGGAUGCUUAGAAGCAGUCAUUUUUAUACAUGGAUAUAAUACAAGUCAUUUAGAAGCUCUACAAAUUUUAGGUCAAAUGGCUUCUUUUGGUAAUUUUCCUAAUUACAUAAAACUCUUUUUAUUUAAUUGGCCUUCUGGAAAAAAUCUUCUGGAAUUUUUUAUAGCAAAGGACAACUCCCAAAAUAAGAAGGUGCACCAUGCCUUCAAAUCGUUUCUGGAUACACUACGAAAUAAUGGCAUAAGACAAAUACAUAUUAUCACACACAGCAUGGGAACAAGGAUGUUCCUACUAGCCUUUCAUGAUAUCGUAAGUAGCGAAUUAUUUUCGACGAUUGAAGAAAAGGAAAAAGAUGAAAAGUAUCAAAACAAAAUGAAGCUAAUAACCCUAACUAUGAUGAACCCUGAGUAUUAUUUAAGCGAUUUCGUAAAUAAAGAAUAUAUAUUUCUUCGCUCAUUUUGUACAGUGAUUUCAAUAUAUUGUGAUUCUAAUGAUAAAGCUUUAAAAUGGGCAGAAAUUUUUAGUGGUACUAAAUCCUUAGGAAAAAAUGUGUUUGAUUUAAAUAUAAGUAAAGAAGAUAUUUCUAAAAAAUAUAAUGGACGAGGUGUAAAUUAUUUAUUUGAUAGUAACCAAUUAGAUUAUUAUUCUAUUUCUAUGGAAAAUAACAAAAAAAUUCCUAAUAAAAAGAAUAUGAACAUACAAAAGAAUACAGAUGAUAAAAUAGAUUACAACAUAGAUCAUAAUAUUAUAUCAUCAUUUUUUGAUUGCGAAAAUUUAGAAAUUACAAAUAACAAAAAAAAAAAUAAAAAAUUCAAAUUCAAAAUCAAAAUAGCAGAAAAGUUAAGAACCCUUGUUCACUUUUUUUUUGGAAAAGAAUAUGUAAAAAACAAAACUUAUAUUAAUGAUCAAAAUUCAUUACAAAUAAAUGACAAUGACAAUGAUGAUGAUGUAGAUGAAGAUGACUGUUCUUUAAAUAAAAAUAAAAAACAAAAUAUUUUACAUCAGCCACCUAUGUUCAGAAAUACAUUACUAGUAUUUACUGGAAUAGAACCUACUUAUUGUUAUAAAGAUAAUCGUGAUUGGCUAGAUGUAGAUGUCAUUGAUACUACUUGGUUAGGUUCAAAUGUACAUACAUUGAGACAUUCUUAUUGGUCAUUAAAUAGAGAAAUUAUUGAAGAUAUAAGAGAAUUGAUAGUUACUAGAAAAAGAGCAAGACAAAGAACAUCUCGAUUGGAUAGAAGAGAAGGGAAUGUAUGGGUAUAUCGUGUAGCACCUUCUCAUUUAAAAUCAAUAUUUGAUUCGGACAUAUAA